AUGAAGCUGUUGUCUAGAAAAGCUACGUGCAAUUGUCAUGGUCAAGAUUCCUCAUAUUUCCUAGGAUGGCAGGAAUAUGAGAACAAUCCUUAUGACGAGGUUAAGAACCCUAAAGGCAUUAUUCAGAUGGGUCUUGCAGAGAAUCAGCUCUCUUUUGAUCUUCUUGAGUCGUGGCUCGCUAAAAACCCCGAUGCAGCUGGCUUCAAGAAAGAUGGACAGUCCAUAUUCAGAGAGCUUGCUCUUUUUCAAGAUUAUCAUGGACUCCCUUCUUUCAAACAAGCAUUGGUAGACUUUAUGUCAGAAAUUAGAGGAAAUAAAGUAACUUUUGAUCCAAGCAAUCUUGUGCUCAUCGCCGGGGCAACUUCUGCAAAUGAGACUCUCGUGUUUUGUCUUGCUGAACCCGGCGAGGCCUUUCUUCUUCCCACACCAUACUACCCUGGAUUUGAUAGAGAUCUUAAGUGGCGAACUGGGGUUGAAAUUGUACCAAUACAGUGCACAAGCUCAAAUGGCUUCCAAAUUACUGAAACAGCUCUUGAAGAAGCUUAUCAGCUAGCACAAAAACGCAACCUAAAAGUUAAAGGAGUCUUGGUCACCAACCCCUCUAACCCAUUGGGCACAACAAUGAGCCACACAGAAUUGAACCUUCUUGUCAACUUCAUUUCUGCCAAAAAUAUUCACUUAAUUAGCGAUGAAAUUUAUUCCGGGACAGUUUUUAGCUCACCAGGCUUCAUUAGCAUCAUGGAAAUUUUAAAAGAAAGGAGCUUUGAGGAUACUGAAGUUUGGAACAGAGUACAUAUUGUGUAUAGUCUCUCAAAGGAUCUGGGCCUCCCUGGUUUUCGAGUUGGUGCAAUUUAUUCCAACGAUGACAUGGUUGUGGCUGCAGCCACAAAAAUGUCCAGCUUCGGCCUAGUUUCUUCUCAAACUCAAUAUCUCCUCUCAGCCAUGCUUUCCGACAAGAAGUUCACAAAGAACUACAUUUCGGAGAACCAAAAGAGGCUUAAACAAAGACACAAGAAGCUCGUUUCAGGCCUUGAAAAAGCCGGUAUCAGCUGCCUUAAGAGCAAUGCCGGUUUAUUUUGCUGGGUUGACAUGAGACAUCUUUUGAGCUCUAACACAUUUGAAGCAGAGAUAGAACUCUGGAAAAAAAUCGUUUAUGAUGUCAAGUUAAACAUCUCUCCUGGUUCUUCAUGCCAUUGCACCGAGCCAGGGUGGUUCCGAGUUUGUUUCGCUAACAUGUCAGAAGAAACUCUAAAGCUCUCCAUGCAACGUUUGAAGGCUUUUGUGGACUCAACCACGAAAACCAACCAUCAAUCCAUAGAAAAUUCAAGAAGAAAGUCCCUCCCCAAGUGGGUUUUCCGGCUAUCGUUCGACGACCGUGAAACCGUUCAUGGUGAGCGAUAG